GAACGAGAAUGGACGAACUGGAGGCUGUUUUGUUAAUGCUCAGUCACGCAUUGGACUGGUAGCAGAGUAGAUUAACUUUGGUCAUGGCAUUUAAGUUUGCAGUCCGUCCACCUUUCUCUCUUCAAUCCUUUUAUAAAAGAAAACUGCCUCCACAUAUACAAGCAGGCAAGUGCCUUCUGUUUCGUUCCACGCAAGCUCAAGCCGCUGAAGGCAUCGCGGCAAAACCGUUCAAAGAAAUCCCAGGACCAGAGGGUUUGCCGAUUAUUGGUACACUCCUUGAUUAUGUUCGCGAUCAAGGAGAAGGAGUAAGGGGUUACAAACGAAUGCACGUUAUGCAGCAACAACGGAUUCAACAGUUUGGAUCGAUUUAUCGAGAGAAAAUCGUAAACUACGAGACAGUGGCCAUCUCGAAUCCCGAUGAUGUGCAGUUCCUGUUUCGAAACGAAGGGAAGCAUCCAGCUCGCCAACCAGUCUUGCCGCUCUGGAUGAAGUACAAGGACGAGAGAGAACGGCCUCUCGGAUUGUUCAACUUGUAAGUCUUUUUUUUUGGUUUUGUUUUGUUAUUUUUACUUAUUAAAGGAGCUGUGUCACGAAAUUCAGCCAAAUUAGGAAAUUACAAAAUGCCCGUUAAAUUAAGAGAAACAUAAAAAUAACCGCUUAAAACGUUAAAGGAAGGUUAAAAUAACAUAACAGAAACAACAGAUGUCACGGAAGGGCAAAAUUGAAGAAGACUGAAACGGAUUGAAAUUAGGAUUUUUGAAAACUGUUCAGCCUAACAGUUUUCCAAAGAUGAUCCCUACCGCUUGCAACUUCAAUAAUAAUGCUCAGGAGACAUAUAUGUUUGUCUCGGGUCUCUGAUUUUGUCAUUGACAUGCAAUUUCUUUGCUUACUUUCAGUUCCAUAGCGAUUGAGGGCGAGUAAUUGGCAAAAUUAAACAAAAUGAACUGGACUGCCGUGACACAGCUUCUUUAAGUCAGUUAUUUAUGCAACAAAUAUGGUUACCGGUAAUCGAGGAGACGGAUGACCUCAUUUACAUCCUUAUCAAACAAUUUAAUACCCAUUGUUGAGCUAUUUUGAAAAAUAGCUCAAAUGUCAGUGGUGUGAGCGUAUGUAUCUUUGCAUCUUUGUAUCUUUGUGGCUUUGUAUAUUCGGUUGUUUGGCGCAAGAGCCAAUAAGGUUGAAGGUACUAUGAUUUGAUGCGUAGGAACCAAUGGGAUCUUGGCAUCUAUUUAAACAUGACAUUGCUAAAGGUCGAACAAGGGCACUUUGAAACCGCCAUCUUGAUUCUUCACAAUUUUUUCGUUUUUUAUUACAGCUACAGUUGUUUAGAAGCAUUACAUUAAAUAUCUUCAUGAUUCAAACGCUGUGUACAGUGAUGCAGCUGUUUAAGGGUUCAUAUUUUAGUGUGGAUGCUGCUUCAAGACAUUUCUCACCGAAUUCUGCUAUCGCGAACGGUACAAAGCACGCAUUUAUGAGUUCUGUUUCACGUGCUUCAAGGUAGAGUAUAAAAGAUCAUAUAUUUUCAAAGCUCUUCCAAUCAAACAAUAAUUGAUAUUUAGAUAUGGACUUUAAUUCGAAAGUAUGCGGCCUAUGAAUUGUGGUUUUAGAUGUUUGAAAGGCAGCUUAUUUUUGUGGAAGUUGUACCGAGUAUUGUUAAUCCUGUAAACAAGCUUUAUUCUCUCGCUUACAAAGUACAAAGUUCAACAGACCCUUUUCGUUCCGGCAAUUAAAACAUGAAUAAGUGAAUAACAUGUUACAUCCUUCCUGCUUACUAAGUGUUAUAGUUAUUGAAACGUAUUUUUGUUAGUAAAGAUGCGUAACUUAAGCCUGGUUUCCAUAUGAUCGUUAAGAUCGCUGUGAUCGCUGUGAUCGCUGCGAUCGGUGUGAAAAAAGAAAGUUCAGCGAUCAUAAGGAAACCACUUUUCAGCGAUCGUAGCGAUCGCAGCGACAACGAUCGCUGAGAUAUAAAAAGUUCUAUCUCAGUGAUCGUUGUCGCUGCGAUCGCUGGAAAGUGGUUUCCAUAUGAACGCUAUGAUCGCUGCGAUCGCUGAACUUUUUUUUUUCUCAGUGAUCACAGCGAUCGUAGCGAUCAUAUGGAAACCAGACUUUAAGUAGAAGCAGUUACGUGAGGGAAUAAAAUUAGAAGAAACUAGUUGACACUAAUUAGAUAUUGUUUUAUUGAGUGGAAUAAAAUGAUAUGAGUAGAAAUAUAUUUUAGCAUUUUGAUAAUUUUCUUGGAAGGAAAUGAAUAUCAGGCUAUCAAUCUUAACGUUGCUUGAAGCGUAAUUUAAUUGCAGAUACAUGUAUUGUAAAGCCGAGGUGAUUUUUAAAAAUCGUUUUAGGAAAUUUUAUUGUAAACAAUUUGAGUUCAUGAGUUAUUUUUAUAAUUCUGUUUACUGGAUUACUGUGUGAUAACUCAAAUUCUCUCACGUACGAACCACGAGAGGGGCAAAGUCCGACACUUUCACGUGCAAACUGUGUGAUUCUACAUCUCAUGCUUGCUUUUCACAGUAAUAAUAGCAACUUGGACGUAUGAAGACACCUUUAGUUUUGUAACUAGUGCCUAAGCAAAGGCUUUUUUUUGUUUUAAGAAGCAAAAACUCAUAACACUCUUAGAAUUAAGAAGUCAGAGUUAAAGACUGUUUCAUUAAAGUAGAAUUGCACGUGCUAACCACGUGAAUAGUGAUGAUGCAACCGUCUACAACAAUGAUGAAAAUCUUAGCUAUUCGGUAUUCGACGACCUUCAUUAUUUUACGAAACCACGAAGAAACCUUGAAACCUUUGAGUCUUCCCUCUAAACAACGUUUGGUGAGUUGAUAUUCAUGGUACCUUAACAAUUUGUUUAUUUUGCACCAGAUGUCUGAAGGAAAGACAAAGAAAAGUGAAUUUAUCAGAUCGAAUCAGCUAUGCGCUUUGGUUCUCGUUUUCAUUAAUGUACAGCAAUACCUAAUUUCGCACAAAACAUAGCCUUAAUUUAGGAUUAAGACAGUAGAUUGCCGAUACUGUUACGCUGAAGCAUUCAAAAUAGCUCAAGCACGUAAAACGUGCCUAUGUUUAUACUUAUAUUACCUGCAAGCAUUCUUGUCCCCAGAGCCACUCGGCUUAAUUGGUAACCGACCAGUGGCUCUGGACGCAACGGAAAAUACGAUUUUUUUCAUUGGCUAAAGUGAAUUGAAUGCGCAGAGCAAAUUAAAAAUAUAAUCUACGGCGCAUAACAUUUUACUUCCUGCCGUCUCGAACUGCAAACAUGAAAUCCGUGUCUGAUUUACGUCGAUCAAGACAAUUCUGUUUUGUUAGCAAUUGAAUGCAAUUGAAUAGCAGUGAAGAAGAGAAUUGAAGGUCAGGUUUGAGAAGUUUUUUAUGAGACCACGAGCCUUGACAGAGAACGUUUGCCUUCGUUGUGGGCUAAACUUUGCCUUUGUAUCGACCGUCGCAUUCGGGGAAACUGAAAGGAGGAGACCGAGUGAAUGGCUAACCCUUGCUCACAUAGAUUACAAGUCAAAAAUCGAGCAAUCGACACUUGUAUGGCGUUUUUUAGUCUAAUCAGUCUGUCUGAUUCUUCUGGGUAUUCGUCAGUGCUACACAGUAAGAGAGGAAAUCAAGCUCAAGGACUACAUCACAGAAAUGAUAUGUACGUUUUAAUAAGUUUAUUACACCGUGCUUUUAAUUUAAUGUUUUUCCUGCUAAAAUACAUCUCCUUUGCUAUACUUAUAGGUCAAGAUAGUUUUCUGUUACAAGCCUUUAUUCAUUAGAGCACUGAUGUCAGUGCACAAAGCCAGAACUGAAUGGCUUAUGAAUCUUUCGGGCUGCAUGCAUAAGGCAAUUUUUGUAUAAUGAUCGGGCAAGUAUUCUUUCCAAUCUACAUUUUCUUCCGCUGAAUUAAUGCGUUAAUCAUGCUUAGAUGAUUCUAGAGGCCUUCUGAUAAUGUUUAUUUUAGAAGUAAGAAUUAGGCUGUGAAAGGAAAGGCUCUGUGGCCGACUUGUUGCAAAUGUGUUGCAAGAACAUAUUAUCAUCCUAACAGUCCUUUCUUGUCUUCCAGUCAUGUAGCUUUUAGACAAAGACAAACAAGGGCCUCUCAGGGGGCGGGGUUGUUUAUAAUGAACAGUUAACAAAGAAGCAGCUAUUUCACAAUUUUUCUUGAUAAAUAAUGAUGUUAUUUAUCUAAUCACUAAAUAUUAAAGGUAGCACAAUGUUCACAACAAUUUGGUUUAAAAGUUCUAUAAUAUAAGAAAACUUUUAAGAAACUCUUAAAAUUAGGCAUACAUUAUAUGAAAACUGGCCUAAUGUAGAUUUAUUGACAAUGUUAUGGACAACUGAGGUGUUGAUUAAUAAAAUAAUAAAUGAACAACAGCCUAGAGUAGUCUAUUUGCAUCAUACUGCAGGGGCAAGUGGUUAUUGAUGAUAACAACUGGAUUUUGCAGUAUGUCACCUUUGAUAGGGUGGGUAACAUAAUAGCUUGAGCAACAGCAGAAUUCUAGUUUAGUAGCUAAUCAUAACCACACCUGCUCUCCACCCCCUCCUGGAGCUUGCACAAAGCCUUAGCUUACUGAAGCGUAGGGCAUCUUUACUUGGUUAUUGACAUACAAUGAGCCACAGUAAAACUUGCUUCCGGUAACUUUCCUAGUUGGAAACCCUCACAUUAUAACACAAAAUAACCAGUUCUAAGGGAACUAAACAAUUAUAGCCGUGAGUAGAUAUUGUACUUUAACUCUAUAAAGCACCACAUUCAGUUUCAAUACAACUGUAUUACCCCCCCUCCCCCCCCCCAAAAAAAAAAUCAGUUCAGGUUGGCCCUGCAUGCAGUAUGCUUCUUACCUUGCCAGACUUUGACCAAACUAUGUGAUUUUCCCUAUCCUGUUUCAGGUCUGAUCCAAAAUUCUAUCCUCAAUUUCAAACCAGACCUUGCACUCCACAUUCAAAACAUGAUGAGAGCAGCUACCCAAGAAAAUGCUUUUGGGUUGUGUAAUACUCAAAGAGUGCUUCUUAAGAGGGUGAUCAUCUUCUACAGCAUACAGUCCAUAUAAAGUGUAUAUCACUCUACAUUUCACUGCUCCAGAUAAGAAAGUACAACUAUAUGCUUAUGAUAACCUGUUCUAGGCAUUCAGAUAGUGAGGAGUAAACAAGAAAAAAUGUGCUUCCGGUUAUAAGCCCUCCCCUAAGCUUCUACUAUUACAUUUUGAAGCUUAGUUAAAAACCAGUAAAUGCAAAAAGUAUUUUGUUUCGAAUCGCUUUUUCUAUUCCAGUUAUAUAGCCCCUUAGAUAUAAGCCUCUCCUAUUUCGAAAAAAAAAAAAAAAAGCUUAAAAACCCUUACCCCUUUGAGGUUUGCUCAUGUGUCCUGAACUUUAUUGUGAUUGGUCAAUACACAAUCAACAUUCCUGAAAAAUUUCAGGCGUUGAUGAUUUUCCCAGUUUGACAGCAAAAUUAUUGACAACUCGGUCUUUGAGGUACUGAUGAUGGUAUUUGUAUAGGUAAUAGCAUGAUUUGUAGUGAUAUUUGGCAAAAAUACCACGAGUGAUAUUUCAAAAUUGUUAUACGUAAUCGCCGUGAGGCGAGUGAAAUUUGAGACAAUUUUGAUAUAUCACGAGUGGUAUUUAUGCCAAAUGUCACCUACAAAUCAUGCUAUUAAUUGUUUAUACUACUACCCGCAAGGUUUGUAAUUUUAACAUGUAGGUAUUUCAAAUUAAGCUGAAAUACCACUGCUCUAAGCCAAUCAAAUUGCAGAAAUUUCUCAUGUAGUAGUAUAAAGAGGGUAACUGAAAUCCUUAGGAGGAUAAGCCUCUAAUAGAUAAAGGUCCCAUUUCGCAAAACACUUGAUGGGCACCAUAAACACCAAAUGACCCUCAAGUUUUCUGAUUAGGGUUAGGAAACUGAGUGAAUCAGGUUUCAGUUAGGGUUGUUAUGCAGAAGAACUGAACUGGAAUUUGAUUCACUCAGUUUUCUAGUCCAUGGAAGUGUAAGAGACUUUCUCAGAUAUCUACCCUGGACAAAGUUUGUACUGUUUUUUUACCCUGUUUGGGACAGCAAAAUGAUAAAUAUUGAUUUGUUUUGACAUAAACCUUCGGUUGUCUUGACUCAAGUUGUAUACAAAAGCUCAUGGGCAAAACUAAAACCUACCAUUCGACACCUCAAAAGGAAAUAAACAUAGGGAAAAACACAACUAGGUAGAGUGAAACGAAUAUAUAUAUAUUUUGUUUUCCUGUCCACUUUAAUAACACAACACAUGAAUUGUUUCGUUUCAAUAUUAAAGAUAGCAUUUGCAGGACAUGGAACAAAAUAUCUUCGAUCUCCGCGAUCUUGCUUUCUCAGUCUUUGUUUUCGCCAAACGUGAACUCACAUAUUAAACCCAGACGAUAAUCUGCCGAUUAAUUGUCUCAGUUCUUAAAUCCAACAGUGUGUUCAGCUGGUUUUUGUUUAUGUCUUCUCCUAAUGAAUCCUAGUUGAGUGAAGUCUGUAUUUUCAAAACAGCCCAAAGAAGCCACUCUCUGGAGAGAGCUUAGGAAGUAAAGUUUUUUCCCUAGAGGCGCGGUGAGGGACAAAAAUCCCUUACGACCAUGAGCAGUGAUAUUUGUAACUUCUGCACAUGCGUGACCGGAUGUCAGAAAUUUUCUGACAUCCGGUAACGGCUGUUUCCAGAGCCCCGCGUUUCAAGACCACGUGACCAAGAAACGACGGGCUCUGGGUACGAGACCCCCCUGCAAAUGAAUUGAUCCGGUCGAAGGGCAUGCGCAUGAUGUGCUUCUUACUUCCUUGUCACAACUGUCAAUAAUAUUGAUAUGGGUACUGGAUCUAAGGCUUACAUUCAUAUACCAUUUUUUGCAACAGACGUGGUGAAGAAUGGUACAAAGUUCGCCGCAUCUUGAACAUGAAAAUGUUAAAGCCCAAAGUUAUUGGUGAAUAUGCACAAGGAUUUAAUGAAGUCUCGUCUGAUCUCUUGUCACGAUUGAAGCAAACUCGUGAUGAUGAAGGACUUAUUCCCAACAUUAAGGAUGAACUCUUCAAGUGGUCUUUGGAAUGUGAGUUUAUAUAGCACGUUUUAUCUACUAAAACUUGAAAAUUCACCCAUUUGCAUACCUCCUAUAAAUCAACCUUGUUUGCCAUUUUGCAUUACCUUUCUUUUAAUUUCUCUUGGGAAUUUGAAUACAUUCGUCCAGCGAGGAAAUGAAGACAAUACAAAUGCAAAAUGUUGGAGGCAAACAAGGUAUAUUAAGGGACAUAUUCAAAUGGAGAGUGAGUUUACUUUUCAAAUACGCCAUUUCCGAGUUGCCCCAAGCCUCUGUUUCAAAGCGAGGCUAACUCGGAGUCAUUGAUAUGUAAACCAUUUUGUUUUUCUGUUUUCAUGCAAAUAAAACUGACUAUUCUCAUUUUCUGGAGAAAGGUUUUGCACACCGUGGCCUCGGUUUGAAAGUGAGGGCUUUUCUACUGGGAAAUGGCCUCAACUAUAUCAACUUUUUUUCUCCGCCAGUCUUUUUGCCCCACUCUUUUCAAACGAGACAAGGCCUUUGGUUUUCAUUUUUAUCUGGGAAGAAUAGAAUGUCUUAUGAUUAGGAGGUGCAAUAUGCUAGGAGGCAGUUCUUUCUCCUCCGUCAAUCAUUAGAGACCUUUAGAUUCGGGGACGAGAACGACUACGAGUAUGACAUUUGACUGAAAGCUUUUUCGCGUAUUCUCAAAAUAGACACCCCAGAAUUAAGGCUUCAUUGUGCUUUUGAUUCACCAGAAAAGCUAGAAGGAAGUUAAGCCCUCUCUCCCGAUCGCAAAAUGCAGAAAAUGAUAAAUCUUCAGUACGGUAUUCUUGCUAAAUUCGUGGUAGAUUGACGACGGCUAUCACGUUUUCCCGCCAAAAUGACGCUGGCUCACCCACGGGAGUAAGGGGCCGACCAUUUAACUCUUGAGAAGGGGGUGGGUGAUUUUAAAAAAAAAUUUCCUACAAGCGCUUGUCGGAAGGAAAAAUUACAUGCAGCACAAAUGUAACAGACAGCUUAUGGGAAAAAAAGGGAAAAAAAUAUCCUGCCCACCAGAUUGCUAGAAAAAAAAAAUUCUUGAUGACCAGAAAUCACCCACCCCUCCCCUCAAGAGUUAAAUGGUCGGCCCCUAAUCUUUCUCGUCCUAGAAUCUAAAGGUUUCUAUAAUAAGGCCGUGAGCGUUGGUUUGAAUGUCAGGAGCUAACCAGUCAGUUUUAUUAUUAUUAUUAUUAUUAUUAUUAUUAUUGAUUUUUAUUUUUUAUAUUUUAUCUGACAGCGGUAGGAACAGUUCUGUUUGAAACAAGGUUUGGUUCUUUUAGCAAGUCGCCUUCCGCCGAGGCUGCAAAGUUUAUUGAAGCCACAGAGGAAUUAUUUCCGAUAAUGUUAAAAGUCUUCACCAUUCCAGUCUGGAUUGAUAAGUUUUACAGGCCAAAAUUAUUUAAGGAAUUCUAUCGUCUUAUGGAUGCGAUGUACAACUUUGCUGAUAGGUCCAUUAAGAAAAGGUUGGAUGAGAUACGAGAGAAACUUGAAAAGGGAGACAUUGGAGAUGAAGAUGCUGCAGAGUUCUUGACCUUCUUGAUCAGCAGAGAUGAUAUUAAUUUUGAAGAAAUUAAAGUAAACUUGCUUGAAAUACUGAUGGCCUCUAUAGAAACGGUAUGACUUAGUAAAAAAUGAACAACUAAAUAUGAGUAAUUAAGUAUCGAAGAGUGAAAUGAAAAAUAUAUAUAUAUUUUAAGCGCGUUUUAUUAUAAUUCUGAUAAUUUGCUGUGUCAUCGUGCGCAGCAAAUUUCGCUCGCAGUCGUGUUUUUUUUUUUGCUGUUAAAAAUUGUGCUUUGAAAAACUUUUUGGGGAAAAAUUUAACAAUUAAAUAAAGAAGAAAAGAAGAAGAAGGGAGGAAACGUGGCGUUUGUAACUUGGAUAAUGUCUAUCCUUGAACAGUCAGGUGGUGCUCAACAAGUUUGUAGUUUUUCUUUCCUUUUUAUUGUAUAAAACGAAUAUGUUUCAUUUUGCCGUCAGUCUGUUCAGUAAUGAAUAACAGAGCACGUCAAUUCAACGUUUGUGACACACUCGUAUGCGCAUUGUGUGCCACCGGUUUUCGUUCUUACCACACUUGAAGUCGAGGCGCGGUAACAUGGAAUCUAUUUGUUUUUUUUUUUUUUUUUUUUGCAACAAACAAAAAAAAAACUCUGCAAACUCGCAUUCAUAAGGUAAAGAAGAAAAAUCCUGAAGUAUGCGCUGAUCGACACCACUUAUUCAAGAAUUAAACGUUAAAUCACAAAAGAGGGCAAUGAUCGUAGAAGUAUUGUUAUUAGUGAACACGAAGAAUCUUUUGUUAAGUUGCGUUUACUCCACCAAGGUUUUCUUGGCGAUUGGUUUCAAUGAGUUCCGUUUCAAUAUAAAACUACUGAGGGCUUUAUACUUCAACCGGUACUUCAGCUGGUAUUUCUUUUCUGCAGACUUCCAUCACGAUCUUGUGGACAUUAUACUCGCUAGCAAGAAACCCUGACGUGCAAGAACGACUGCAUGAGGAAGUCACUUCAGUUCUUAAACCAGGAGAGCGUGCAACAGCUUCCACCAUAAAGAAAAUGCGUUUUCUAAAGGGGUGUAUCAAAGAGACUCUAAGGUAUGUAUGACCCCAAAGCUUCUUAGAAUAUAAAGCAUGGAUGUAAACAAAUAAAUUUGCACUUCCAUGUACGUUAGCUUACGUGUAUGUACACAGGUUGCCUUCUACCAUACCCUACCUACAUACCUUGUAUUUCUACACCCUAACGGACGUAAUUGAGGCCCGGAACGUAACCGUUUUUUUCCCUUUUGUUCUUCUUAUUCUCCCCCCUUUUUACUUAAUUAGUUAAUUCAUUUUUUUUGCGUACUCUCACUCUGGGUGUUAUUACUUGAUGCAUAGUGAGUUCUAUUACUUAGCGACUAAGAAUUCAGUUAUUUGUAUGGUAUUAAUUUAGUCUCGGUUUUCUUCUGUAGGUUGUAUCCAGUCGCCUAUGAAAAUUUUCGAUCUCUCUCCGAAGAAAUAGUCAUUCAAGGCUAUCGCAUUCCUCCUAACGUAAGUCUGUCGAAAAAACUACCUGCAGGGUUACGUUCAAAAAACAAAGACAGAAUAAAAAAACAACAACAACAACAAAAAAGCAUGAAUCCCAGCUUUUCCUUUGGGCAAGCAGCUCACUUUUUAGUUAAUGAUUUUAUUAGAAGAUGACUUGACUGGACCCUGGGUAGGUAAGCUUUAAAAGUUACUUGCCCGGCAAGAAAAACCACUUGUCACGGACUACCGGACGGGACUUUUUUCGAGCCCUGAACCCAACACGCCUAGGGUGCUUCUACAAUGUAUGUGCGGAGUUUUAUCGUCACAUCGUGGGUCAGUUGAAUGAAAGUUUUACUCGAGUAAUUUUAAAGAGUAGCUAUUUUGCUAGAGUUUGAAAAACAGUAGCUAACACAUUUAAAUUACGCUUGUAAAAGUUUCAUAGAAUUGACCCCUGCAGUGAAGCUUCGUUUGUUGAUGUUGUAAUCGUACACGAAGCAGCAGACAAUUCUUAUUCAUUAAAUGGGCAACAAUGCGUGCAACUUUUCAUGUAAGACGCAUUCUGAGUAGCACUUUAGGGUUUAAUCAUUUACUUCUUUCAUGUGGCUCCAUCGCCCCUCAUCAGUAUCUGCGCGUGCACCCAUUACCUCAGUAACCGGUAACCCAUCUGGGACCUUGUAACGUAUUGGUUUGCACUGUCUUAAAAAUACCGUCCUUCCAUGUAACUGGUGAUGUAUUUUCGCUUCUCCAGACAAUGAUUCGUAUCCCUCAGUACUUCAUGGGUCGUAACCCAGAGCUGUUUGAGGACCCGCUGGAGUACAAACCCGAGCGAUGGCUAAGGGACGAUACACACAAGUCCCCUUACCACGCGUUUGCUUUUCUCCCCUUUGGAUUUGGUACCAGAAUGUGCAUUGGUAAGUGCACUUUUGUACACUGAAAUUUACCUGAAAGCUCUUCUGUGAGCCAAUUAGAGAGCUCAGAAGGUAAUCAUGACAACUGAUGAGAAACAGGCACCAGACACUGUCACCCUGAAUUCUCAGUGGCAAGGGAGUGCAGCAAAAACGCAAACCCCUCUUUCGCGAAGAGCAAUGCAACCGAAAUGGCUGAUCUUAACAGAAGAGCUGUAAAUUUCAUGGUAAAUUUACUGAGUCCUUGUGAAAAACCUCAAACCACGCCGCAGUAAUUAGAAGGCCAAUUACCAGGAUUGUCUUGAGUUUAACCUGCCUGAAUUACAUUUAGUUCCAAGAAAAUGUGUUUGAUAACCAGGACUUUACUAACUGGGUGAGAGGAAAAGCAACUCAUUCGGGUUAUACGCAUUCCAAAACGAGAAGCGAUAUAUUUGCGCUUACGCUACAAAGUUUUCAGAAUUUAUCCUUUUACCAAUGUUGAAAAUAAGCUACGUGCAAACGGACCCAACAACUUAUAUGAUUUAUUUCAUAUACAUUAAUCACAACUCCGUACAUUGUUGGCCCCAGAAUGUUGGGAGUUGAUGAAUAGUGUCGGCAGUGGUUUGCAGGGGGAUGCAACAAUUCCCAACGACUUUGGAAAUUAUGGAAAGGAUACGAGCUAUAAAACUUUGUAAAAUUACAAAACUCGACAGUUAAAUGCACGUUCGUGGCCCCAGAAAUUUUGAAAGAGCUGUGCAAACGGAUCCAACAUUGUUGCGCCACGCUUCGGCGAUCAUGGAACAAAAGAAAUGUUGGGAGUUGUUGGCUCAAAGUAAAUUAGUUUGACUUUUUUCAAACGUAGCGCAACAUGUAAACACUCCUCAAUGUUGCGAGUUUUUGGUUCACAAUUUUGCUUCCGUUAACACGGAGCUGUAGAAAAAUCCUAUUCUCGCAACUUUCAAACCCAUGGUGAUCCAAGACACUAGACGCCGGAGCGCGCUAACUAUCCAGCUACGGUGAGAAAUAUUGCGAGCAAGACCAUUUUCAAUGUCAUUUGUAACUCGCUGUUCCUCAGUUUGUUAGAGGAUUUUAGGAGCCUCAACGGCAAUUUUGCGAGUAUUGGCGGAGUCAAUCGGUUAAAUAGCCCACCUGGUUCGCUCAUCACGCGUCAGAGCUCUCAUCUAAACUUCGAUCUAGGGCUCCAUUCGGUAAGGGCAGGUCCUGUUUGGCUCAUGUUUUCCGUUGAAAGAUUUGCGAUAGACAAGAAAUAUAUACUUCGUGGUGGGGAGAUGACUCCCAUAGGAAUGGAGCAUGGGAUGAUGUUGGAAAACUGGAAUUAAACCGCUAAGGCCCGGGAACAAUCUCUCCGCGGACGGCUAAAUAAGAGCUAAUGAGGUUUUGUAUCGGCUUUUCUCUUUUUUCCUUUCUUCGUUUCCUUUCCUGGCUCAUUUUAUACAUGUAUGGGUCAUAAUAUGACGUUCCUUCCUGGACAACCUGAUUGAUACCAGGGUGCGUUCCGUUGAGAUGACGCGGAUCAGGAUCAGCGAUCCGAGAUGACUCGGAACAUGGUACAUCAGAUGAACCAAUGAAUCCUUUCCCAGGAUGCAUUCGUCGUUUCCUUUGAUGUCAUAUGAUCCAGGAGGUCUUGUAUCACUGAUCCUGAUCCGGAUCAACCCAGUGGAACGCACCCUUUUAAAUGUUCAAUUUUACAUCUCUAAAUAAGGUGACAGACAUCCCAAUAUCUUUCGUUUGGGAGCCCAUUGCCCUUUCCGGUAGACAUUAAGCUUAAAACCUAUUUCCUAGACAUUUUCAGUGUUUUUUUUGUUUUGUUGUUAUUAUUUUGAUUGCACAGGACGCCGUGUGGCUAAAUUGGAGAUGCAUCUUCUUCUAUCACAGGUAUGCAUUCAGUCAUUCGUAUCCCUUGAAUCCACGCUCAGUUGCACUAAAUGUGUCAACUGCGUGUAAAUGGGCCUCGAUUGCAAAUAGGUCUUUCUACAAUAAGUGGGUGUAUAGCCUAGCGCGCUUUUUUCAAGGCAUUUCAGGUAGUGUUGGCGAAAUUUGUUAUUGACCGCCUAAGUUCGUGCGGUUUGUCAAGGAAUUUUAACGGAAAUAGACGACGCAAAUUCUGACAAAUCGGCCAUUGAAUUGAUGUUUUGUUGCUGUUGUUGUUGUUGUUUUUUGUCGCGGUUUUAUCUGUAACCUCAUCCCGCGUAAUUGAAUCUUCUCUGGAGGCAACCCUAUUUACCUAGAACAACAUCUAAUCGGGAAAGUGCUCCUCGAAGGGAUAAUGUAACGAGUGAACAGGGUAAACCUCCUCUUUGGGCAACCCUACGGUACCCUCUCAUAUAAAAGAAACCGCGGGAAACACGAGCAGGUUAAUCUACAUAUCUAUACUUUCAGGUGUCGCAAAACUUCUGGCUUGAGUCACUGAAUGAAGCAAUUCCAGUGGUUACUUCCGUGUUGACGCCUGAUAAGGAGCUCAAGUUAAGAUUUGUAGAUCGCUAACCAAAUAGUUUACAGACGCUUUAUCCUAAAACGUUCGUUCCAAAGCGAUCUCCGGUCUACGAUGCAUCCUUGUAUUGUCUUUUAUUUCUCCCCAGAAUAUUUCUUGUGGCGUUGGAGGGCUGAGAUGAGAAAAUAGGAUAAGCAAUUUAUUCUGCUCAUUGAAACCAGCAGCUGUUCUUAUAGCUCCUAUUGACAUUUCCCAAAUUUUGCCGAGAGCCAAUUGUCAUAUAACUAGUUUUAGAAGUACUGCAACUCAAUUUGUUUGUCUUAAGCCAAUUAUGUACUGCAGUUAAGUCACUAUUUAAAGAAUUUUGAAUUGCGGAUAUAUCUUCAUGAACUGUAGUUAUAUAUGUAUCAUCGGCAAACAUACCAGGUGUUGUAUUGCCGUAGACAUUUGGGAAAAUCGUUUGUAUAAAUUAUGAACAAUAGUGGUCCAAGUAUAGAGCCCUGGGGAAUGCCACAUGAUACAUAUUGUUCUGUGGAUAAGACUCCAUGUACAUAACAUCUCUGUGUUCUGUCAGUCAAAUAUGAUUUAAAGGGACUGGUUCACGAUAAUGCGCAUGUGUGAGUUCUUACAGUAGCUGAUUGUUUCUCAACCAAUCGGAAGCGAGUUAGAUGCACGCAAGUAAAACUACAAAAUUCAAAUUAAUUGUUCGCGACGCGAGAGUAUUUCCGGGCAUUUGGUUUGAUUUUAUUUAUCCCCAUAAUUCAAGUUUAUUCUUUGCUACUCCUCAGAUAUAUGUUGCAGCCGAUAAGAAUAAGAUCUACAGCCCUGUCCUGCUUUGAAACAAACAUUUACCAACGUGUAUUUUUACGAGGUCGUACCCACGCUAAC